AUGACGGAAGAGAACCCAACAAAUUUAUCGUCGACAACGGAUGAAAAAAUUGUCAAUCCCAGUCGAGAAAUAGAACAGAAUUCUACGACUGUAUCGUCAAGUAGUAAUGAUAAUGAACAAAACUCUUGUAUUGUUUUAGAGACAACCACUCAGUCGCACACCCAACAACCAGCGUCAUUACCAUCCUCAUCAUCGUCCUCUUCACCUUCUCCUCUACCUCCUUGUUAUCAUCAACCUGAGAGAAAAAAGAAACGAACAGUAUUGAUCUAUGCAGAUGCUGAAACACCUCAUCAAGUUAGUCGUGAUUCUCUUCAUCAUGGUGGUUCUGAUGGAGGAAUAGCAUUGAGUAAUGUGGUUGACACUCCAGAGACCACUUCUCACAUGCACCCCAUUAUGUACAAAUCCAACAGUGAUAUUCAUUCAGACCGAAUAGGAUCACCCAAUUUUGUCAAGAAUUUAAAAUUUGUCAAGAAUUUGAAAGAGAGAACAUUUAUUUUCUUUGGACCUGUAAAGGAAGAUCAUGCAAUGCCUCCAAGUAUUUCUUUUUUUGAUGUGGAGAAACCAAAGAAAUCGAAAAAGACCACAAAAAUUACUAAAUUAUUAUUGAGUGGAUGCUACAAAUUUUCCAUCAUUGGAUUAAUAUUUUUCACUCUAGUUUUAAUAGUUUUAUUUGCAGUUGCAUUUGACAACAGUACGUCACAAAAUGGAUUUUUCACAAGCGGUUCUCCAACCACUAUUAUAUGGAUGAGUAUUGUACAUGCUGGUUUAUGCAUUACAAUUUUAUUUGAUUUAUUUGUACCUUUAUUGGUAUUGAGGCUAUACAAACGAAUUAUGAAGUGUUUGUGGAGAAAUACAAAAGAUGAGAAACAACUGAAUAUUGAUGGGUAUUUUAUGUCUCUUGUCAUUCGAGUCCUUUGGUCUUUAAUGAUAGCCGUUGUAGGAUUUAUUAAUUGGAUUUGUUAUGGUCUCUAUUACGAGAGCAGAGACAGAAUUGCAGGCUACAUAUCCUUUUUCACAAUACUAACACCCAUUUCAUACAUCAGCAUGGCUUAUCAUCAAUACGUUCGAUUCAGAAAGCACAACAUUUUAAUUUUCGGAUUUAAGGAUAGCAUUGACAAUUUUUAUGUGGAUCGUAUGCACAAACGAACACGAUUAUGUUGUCGAUUUGGAUUCUUGUUAAAAUUAGUGUGCUAUUUAAUCAUGACAGCCAUAUUUGCAACAUUAAUAUUAAUCACUAUACAAGCUGUUUCGAUCGCACAAGAUGAACUCAAAUAUCCAGGAAAGCUCGUAACAGUGACUUCAAACAAGCAACCUUUCGAUUUGCACCUCUAUUGUGAAGGUCGAGAGGAUCGAGACGAUGUGGUACUCAUGGACGCAGAUGUAGGAGUAGCAUCUCCCUAUGCCUAUUACAAACAAUUUCUCUCAUUACUUGCAAACAGUGGAAUGCGAGCAUGUGUCAUUGAACGUGCUGGUUAUGGGUUCUCAGAUUCAGGACCUUUUCCUCGUGAUUUGGGAAACAAUACGGCCUUAGAGAUGGCCUCUAUCAUCAAAUCUUCCUUGAACACUCCUAUUGUAUUGGUUUCACAUUCUGCAGCAUCCUUCACCGCUCGAGUCAUGAUGCAUUAUUAUCCAAAAUUAUUGAGAGGAGUCGUAUUGAUCCACCCAGCUCAUGAAAAUCAAGAUGAGCUCUAUUUUAAGGGUCAAGUGUAUAACAUGAGUAAUGACGAGUUUGACCAGUUGAAACAGAAAAAACUGAUUUCCAAUAACUGGAUUCGAUUUGUGACUCCCCUUGCACUCACUCGUUUAUUUCCACAAUAUUUUCACGCCAAUUUCAUUCUGACACAAGAUGACAUUUUUGAAUUGUAUUAUCUGAAUGGAUGGAAAACAUAUUUUUCAAUAUCCAACAUGUCUCUCAUUUAUCAAUACACUCAACAUACCAUCCACUUGAACAAGUACAGUAAUGUGGUUUGGAGCGAAUUGAACAGCUUUUCUUCCAUUUCACACAUGAUGAAUGACCUUCGAGGAGGAAAUUCCUCACUCUUUCACUUUAACUCUUCACGACCAUUUUCAAUGAGUAUUUUAACAAGUCAACACGUUUUGAAUGGUACCUGUGAAGACAAUCAUUUGGAUCCUUCCUCCCGACUUUGUCAAAACUUUCUCGCAUAUCAAUCAAAGCGGCAAGAUGCCAUUCUUUCUAUGCAUUUCGAUUUGGCAAAUUAUUAUCGAAAUUACUUGUUUGAAUGGUCUCUCAUUCCAGGUAACUUUGAUGUGAUUCUAACCAAUCCAUCUCUUGUGGUUCAGCAUGUGAUAAAGUUAAUGGUUCACACAAAGCCGUGA